AUGAAGUUGAAAAUAAAUAAAGAGUUUGAGGAAUUAGAUGAAGGUCUUUACUGGAAAAUUCGUUCAAAAAGAAUCAUUUUCUUCCUUGGGAAGUUUAUGUUUGUAACAGCAGUUGGGCUUGGAAUUGAACUUUUUCAAAUUAUAUCGCUAGUUCAUUCAGAUCCUGGCUGGCAAUUGGCAAUAAAAACAAGACUUUUCGCUUUAAACAUGAACAGACUUAUGUUCAUUUGCUUUAUAUUUUAUUGUGACUACAUAAGUGGACGAUUAGAGAUCCUUAAUCAUUUGAGAUUAAAAGUUCUAAAGCAAAAUGAAGGAAUUGAGCUAGAAGUGCAGAAAAACAUGAAAAAAGUCAAAACAUUUGACUUGGAUAUAGCAAAAAUUAUUCAAUUAAGUCGAGAAUUUUUCAAAUGGAUGCUGCUGUUAAACCUCACAGGAGAUGUCAUAUACAUUAUAGUUGAUUCCUACUGGAUUUACGGCGGAUUCAUUUUUGGAAAUAAUCCAAAUUUUGCACAAUCGUGCUCGUGUCCAUGGGGCAAAAUAGUCAGCAUUAUUGUGUUGUUUUAUUCUUGCAAUGAAAUUCAAAUUCAACGUGAUAAUUCACUUGCUGAAAUAUUUGAAUGGAAAUCUGAGUUCGACAGUGUCACGCACUCAAAGAGAAGAUUCUUCUUGCAGCAUAUCCAUUGCUCUAAAUUUUUAUUUGAUGCUAAUGGAUUUUUCUAUAUAAAUUAUGGCGUUCUAAUUGGGAUGGCGGAAGCAAUCACGAUUUAUAUGGUCUACUUUUUCCAGUUCAUGAGCGAAACAAACAUUUUCAUGCAAACUCUUGGCAAAACAAUGGAAGCAGAGAAAAUAUUGGCAAAUAAAAAUCAAAGCUUAAUCCCGUUAGAAUUAUAUUAA